AUGGCUAAAGAGAUUCAGAAAAUUUAUGAUGAUCCAAAUUGCUCACUUAGCUGGCCAAAAGUUUUAAUUGCAGAUAAAGGAACCAAAUAUAUGGCUGAGUGUAGGGAUUUAUUUCUUAGACAUGACAUGAGAAUUCAGUAUGCUAAAUCUAAACAAAGUGUGGCUAUCACCGAGAAGUGGGUUGUCAGCCUUCACAUUAACGAUGAAAAAUAUAAUGAUUUCCCUAUGAAGUUAAUACACAUAUCACUCAAUAAAGCUGUAAAAAAAUCAUUAAAAGGUGAGAAAAUCUUUGCAGAUCCAGUUGUCAAGCACAAAAGGCCUAUAGGUUAUGAUGAACUCUUCCUAUCAUCUGAUGUUAAAGUUUAG